UAGCAAUCGUUUAUGAUGUUGAUGUGCGAAUAAAAUGUUAAUUUCUCCUAGAUUUUUAUACUAAUUUAUAGAUGGUACCGGCCACCUGUCUGUUAUUAUCAAGAAGGGUAAUUCGCAAGGAUUGCACUGACUCUACUGUAGGCAUUUGUAUCUAAUCAUUCAAAAUUUUUGUCUAUUAUAGACUCUAGUUUAUAGCAAUAACAUGGCUCUCACGUCUCAUUGUCGGACUGAGUUUUAUGACCUAUUUAUAAAGAGAUCGAUAACAAACAGCAGCUGCUUUCUUCACAGUCUAUUUCGACGAAACUUUUCUACCAAGCUGUUUGCAGCUACAAUGGCAUCCUCCACUCAGGGCAAAGUACCAGCUGUCUCAUCUGCCCCAAAAUGUUUGCUAAAACCGAUAGAUGUCCCCAACAAACUAUUGAUGGGACCAGGCCCAUCGAACUGCCCUCCAAGGGUUUUGGCUGCAGGAGCCUUGCCAAUGCUUGGACAUCUACAUCCAGAAUUUACCAAGAUUAUGGAUGAAGUAAAAGAAGGAAUACAGUAUUUGUUUCAGACUAAGAAUGAGUGGACUUUUGCAAUAUCCGGCACUGGUCAUGCAGCUAUGGAAGCCUCUGUGGUAAAUUUGUUAGAACCUGAUGAUGUAAUAUUGGUUUGUCAAAAUGGUAUUUGGGGCCAGAGAUUAGCUGACAUGGUUGAUAGAAAUGGAUCAACAGUUAAAAAACUAGUACGCCCUUACGGUGAAGUUUUUACAUUAGAAGAAAUUGAAAAGGGCCUCCAAGAACACAAACCUAGUGUAGUGUUUGUAACUUAUGGGGAAUCUUCUGCUGGAACUGCUCAACCGCUGGAGGGAUUAGGUGACCUUUGUCACAAAUAUAAUGCACUAUUGCUUGUUGAUUCUGUUGCUAUACUUGGAGGAAGACCUUUGUUUAUGGACGCCUGGAAUAUUGAUGUUUUGUACUCUGGCUCUCAGAAAGUGAUAGGAGCACCACCAGCGACAAGUCCUAUUUCAUUUUCACUUAAAGCCAGAGAAAAAAUUGCAAGCAGAAAGACAAGAAUUAGGUCUUAUUACUUUGACUGCAAUGAGUUAGCCAACUAUUGGGCUUGUGAUCAAGGGCCUAGAAGAUACCAUCAUACUGGAAUGGUUACAAGUGUUUAUGGGUUAAGAGAAGGUCUGGCAAGGUUAGCAGAAGAGGGUUUGGAGAAGUCCUGGAAAGAUCAUAAGGAUUGUUCAGAGCUUCUUUACCAAGGUCUAGAGAAAUUGGGUCUUGAACUCUUAGUCAAAAAUAAGGAAAUCAGAAAUCCCUGUGUUACAACCAUCAAAGUUCCACCUGGCAUCAAUUGGAAAGAUGUUACAGACUAUGCAAUGAAAAAUUAUCGUGUUGAAAUAGCAGGAGGUCUUGGAGAUCUAGCUGGUAAAACUUGGCGAAUCGGAAUUAUGGGAUACAACUGCAGACCAGAAAAUGUUCAGCUGGUGCUUAGAGUAUUAGAAGAAGCCUUGGAGAGCAUCAAAAAAUAAAAUUUGUCACCAAAUAUUUAGGUUUUGUAUGUUUUGUUUUCAUUACUAAAAUCUGUGAUGAACCUGGUGAAGUUGUUUAUAUGACAUAAUAAUGAAAAUAUUGUUAAUUUAUUGUACUCCUGAAAAUAUAUGUCAGCUUCAAAGUACAUAUCAGGUUUUUUUUUGUUUUGCAUUGAUUAUGGCAUUGAUCUUCUGUUACUAAAUUAAUUACUAAUUGAUAUUAAACAUGGUCAUUUCAGUUAUAGAACAAGUCUCCCAUCUUUUCAACCAAUAUAUUUUGUUUCAAUUUUAUUAAAAAGUGUUUCCAAAAGGUCAUGGUACCUUUUAAGCUUCAUUCAAUGCUUAUUAGUAGGUGGUGCCUACAUGUGUUCAUAAGAAUAACAAGUAUGAGAAACACUGAUGCAACCAGUAUAAUUAUCAAUUUCUAAAUAUGAUAAGCUUGACAAUAUUUAAUCCAGCAGGGUAAUUAAUUUUUAGUGUGUUUACUUGUGUAUAAUUGUAAAUAAUCUUGCAGUUUGUGCCAUACAAAAGUAUAAUUGUAUUAAUAAAUAUGUGCAUUUAUCAAAAGUUUGCGCUUGUUUUGGUUGUUAUGGAGGAAUAAAAUAAAAAGAUGUAAGCUUUAAA